GCACGCACUUCCGGUUAAUGUUAGCAACUAAACGUAGCACGAUAGACUGUCUGGAUUUUUAGAUCUCAUGCAAAAAGUUAGAUGAGCAGCAAAUAACCGCAAUUCCAUCUGCAUAUUUAUUGGCAAAAGCGUACUGCAAUCCAGAAAUCCGGAAAUCCAGAUGAAGCUUCAGGAUGUCUAGAUAUUCAAAUAAUUUUUCCAACAAUAUUUUGCGUCAAAAAAACUCCAGCUCUACUACUUUGAAUGCUAUGGGUGAAGUAUCGCCUGGUAUGAGGUCUGGAGAUGACCGGGUGGUCUUGGACGUUUCGAAAUUAGACCAAUCCAUUGAUCCAAACCAAAGCAUGAGUCGACCUGAGGUGAAACUACUUUACAUAAACAUAUCCCAUCUUCCCUCUGUUGUACAGUUUUCUUUACUGACUACAGCAGCUUUCGGAUUUUACCUCGUCUACGGCUACAUACAGGAGCUAAUAUUUCGUCUGGAAGGAUUCCGGCCAUUUGGAUGGUAUUUGACCCUUGUCCAGUUUGCUUUUUACACAAUGUUUGGAGUGGUGGAACUACAAUUUAAAGAAGACAAAACCAGAAGGAUUCCACUAAUGUAUGCUAUUCUAGCCUUUCUGACUGUGGCCACCAUGGGUUUGUCUAACACAUCCGUCGGCUACCUCAACUAUCCAACACAAGUCAUCUUCAAGUGUUGCAAACUUAUACCUGUUAUGUUGGGCGGGGUCAUUAUCCAGCGUAAACGCUACAGUUGUAUCGAUGUGGCUGCUGUCUUGUGUAUGUGUGUUGGACUGAUUCUGUUCACCUUGGCUGACAGCAGCGUCUCACCAUCAUUUAAUACCUAUGGUGUCAUCUUAAUAUCACUGGCGCUUUGUGCUGAUGGCGCUAUAGGAAAUGUUCAGGAAAAAGCAUUGAAGCAGUACAGCAGUAGCAAUUCAGAAAUGGUGCUGUAUUCAUACUCAAUAGGAUUUCUGUACAUACUAGUGGGUCUUACCCUCUCACAGUCGUUACUACCAGCCUACACAUUCUGUAAAGAUUAUCCUAAAGAAACAUAUGGGUAUGCUCUGAUAUUUUCUGUGUUCGGGUACCUAGGGGUAAAUGUUGUUCUCAGUCUGGUGAAAACAUUCGGAGCCUUGAUAGCAGUGACAGUGACGACAUGCAGGAAGGCUGUGACAAUUAUCUUAUCCUUCAUGUUUUUCACAAAACCAUUCACAUAUCAAUAUAUUUGGUCCGGUCUGAUCGUGAUUGCUGGGAUUUAUUUAAACGUGUACAGUAAAAACAAAGUGAAAAUAGACUCCGCAAUGUCUAGUGUCUGUGAUUGUCUGCUAACAAAGUUCAGAGUUAAAAAAUCCUACAAACCGUUCACUAGUGCCUUAACAGAUGUAUAAUGUAAAAUUUAUAAAUUAUGGUAAUGGUUGGUUCCUGGUUUCAUUGAUAUUUCCUUUCACUGCCGUAAUCUGUGUUCCGUGGAUGCAAGGGGAUGGCUUUUUCAACCCUUAUCUUAUUAAGUGUUUUUAAUCCUUUUUAUCCAGCACCAGAACAUUUACCAAGUCAAACAAGCUACCUGGAAUGAACUUGCUUACAUGACAAUUGAGGGUCCCUUGGGUUGUAGGCACUUUCUGUUAUCUUCAAUUCUGUGCUACUAUUCCUGUGACAGUGAUCAUGUCUCUAUUAAUUGUCUCUGUAAAACAGAUAUCACUACUCAACAUACAUUUUUUUAUUAAUGAACUUUCCUUUUCGGGUCAUUUUUUUGUUUAACCUGGAUUAAGAGACCACCUGUCAUAUGUGACCUUUUUUAUUGACUCCCUUGGAAGGUCACAUAUGACAGGUUCGACUGUAUUGUGCUUUACUGUACAAAAAAAAAAAUUAGUACCCACCAACUUAAGUCCACAUUAUUUUAAAAUCUUUAUAUCAUAUAUAUGGUUUAUUUUACUAAUUCUUUUCUGAACAUUUCCAUUUUUAAAAGACAAUCCUUGCUUUUUAUGAAUGUUGAUGUUUGCUGUGUUUAAUCUGUAAUAAGCCUGGUUUUCCAACACAAACAAAAUACGCCUGAAAGUAGGGAUGGACUUGCUGCAGGACAGUAAAAUACCAUUUGUAUGCGAAGACUGGUAGAAUUAAGUGUAGACCAGUGGGAUUAAGCGAAGACUGGUAGGAUUAAGUGUAGACCAGUGGGAUUAAGCGAAGACUGGUGGGAUUAAGUGUACACAGGCAAUAUUCCUUCACAUGAAAUUCGUGAAAAGGCAAAAAAAGCAAAUUCACAUGAUUUUUUUCAUGUGAAAUUCACAGGAAAAAUUUCAUGUGAAUUUCAUGUGAAAAAAAUAUUCACAUUAAA